AUGUCUAGGGGGUGGGGGAGAGUAGGAGUGUCGGCUGACGCCGUGUCGGCUGUUCGAGGGUGUCAACACCGCUCUUUGGCUUCGGCGUCGGCGUUAAUAGAAACAGUAAACAAGAAUGGCUUGAAAGACGAAGAUUUGAACAGGAAACGUUCCUCUGACAAGCUUUUCAUAGUUGCUAUAACCUCCUAAACGGUUUUAUCGUUGCAGUAACUAUGGCCCCUCAAAAAGGACUGUUCAGCUAUGAGAAUCUUGUCCAUGCCAUCGCUGGUGCCACGGGUAGUGUUGUGGGUAUGACAGUUUUUUACCCACUGGAUACAGUGCGCUCACGAUUACAACUGGAAGAGGGGAGGAAAGCCAAGAACACAUUAGCUGUUUUGAAGGACCUUAUCAAUGAAGAAGGAUUUGAGACUUUAUAUCGAGGAGCAGUGCCUGUUCUGCAGAGUAUAUGCGCAUCGAAUUUUGUUUAUUUCUACUCCUUUCAUGGCCUUAAGUCUGUGACAGGAUCAUCAUCAAAUCAAAGUGCAGCCAAAGACUUGCUUCUAGCAUCAAUUGCAGGUGUGAUCAAUGUUCUUUCAACAACUCCACUAUGGGUAGUAAACACAAGACUAAAAAUGUCAGGUGUUGGGCAUGGAAAAAACCAGAAACCUGAGUAUCAAGGACUUUGGGAUGGCCUUUGCAAAAUUAUAAAAACAGAAGGAGUUUCUCGAUUGUGGAGUGGAACUGUGCCUUCUCUGAUAUUGGUUUCCAACCCAGCAAUCCAUUUUAUGGUUUAUGAAACCCUAAAAAGACACAUUCUAGAGGGGCGCAAACCCAGUGAGGUAUCUCCCAUGACAUUCUUUGCUGUUGGAGCCACAGCAAAAGCCAUAGCCACAUUUCUCACUUAUCCAUUGCAGCUUGUACAAACAAAGAUGAGGCAUGGACAUAAGUAUCCUGAUCUCAGACAAGAUGCUGGCACUUUAGAGUUGACAGCAUACAUUAUCAGAAAAUAUGGUUUUCAAGGAUUGUAUAAGGGAAUGGAAGCAAAAGUAAUUCAAACCAUAUUGACUGCUGCUCUUAUGUUCAUGACUUAUGAGCAAAUAGUAGCAUUUGUUUUCAAGUUGCUUCUUCGCAAUUCUCAUCUUACUGUUCGGAAGAAGUGAAUGAUUGGUAAUGAAAAGAUAUAUAUUCUGGUGAAUAUCAUAGGGCCAUGAGAAGCUUUAAAUCUCUCUAUGUUUUUUUUUAUUACUUAUUUCAUUGGGAUUGCAGAGUGUUUUGGAGGUUUACAUACCAAUCUCCUCUCAAACCUCCUCCAUAUUUUUUGUCUCACAUCUUCCAAAUUAUAAGGAAGAAAUAACUGGGACAUUAUAUUUGAAAUGCUAGUCAUAAACAAAAUGCCAAAUUUUUUUACUAUUAAGCAAGCUAUUGCUAUUUAGUUAAAUAAUUUUAGAAAAGUGAGUGAAUUUUCCCAUAGAACUAAAUUUUAACUUAUUCUGCAAUUUGACUCAGGCACUGAAUUGUAAUUCAUGUGAUAUAGGACAGGCAACUAAAAACUUCUAGUGAAGAAUUUCAGUGAUGACUCUUGUAUUUCCAGCUCUUGUGGUGUAGGGUUUCUGUAUUACUACUAACAAUGUGUAUUUGUCGAUUUGUCAGGAUUUAUAAUGCAAGUACACUUGUAUCAAUUGUGCAUUAUAUGGUAUAAUAAAUUUGCAGGUAAUAAAAUCA